GCAUACUGCAAAUUCCACUUAAAUUCGUACAGAUCAAGAUUCUUGAAAAUAAAGAAAGUAGACAAAAUGACUACUAGCCAGUUAUCUGAUGCCGCCAUUCAAAAUCUCUUGAAGUUGUUUCUCAGUGAGAAGGAAGAGUACCUGGACGAUGUGGCUGCGGCCAAGAUUGAUAACAUAACCGUUGAGAUGCAAUGGACCGGGCAGACCGGACCGGCUUGGCCACCCAGACCGCUCGGUUCUUCUGAUGACCCAGUUAAAAGAAUUAUAGAUGGGUUCAAGUACUUCAAGACCAACUAUUUCGACCUUUGCAGCAAACAUCCACAUUUGGUAAAGGAGCUGGCCCAAGAACAAAGCCCCAAGUUUAUGGUAUUUGCAUGCUCAGACUCCCGAGUGUGCCCCUCGCAUGUCCUUCAUUUCCAACCUGGGGAAGCCUUCAUGGUUCGCAAUAUCGCUAACAUGGUUCCUGCCUUUGACCAGCUGAAACACUCAGGAGUUGGAGCAACCAUAGAAUACGCUAUUGAAGAACUAGGGGUAGAAAAUAUUUUGGUAAUGGGACAUAGUCGUUGUGGCGGGAUCAAGAGGCUGAUGUCUCAUCCAGAAAAUGGUUCUACUCCCUUUGACUUUAUAGAUGAAUGGAUGAAAAUUGGUUUACCUGCCAAGGCUAAGGUUAUAGCAGAAGCAGAGGGGGGAAGUGCAGAUUUUGAAGAUCAAUGUGAAAGUUGUGCAAGGGAAGCAGUAAAUUUGUCACUGAGAAACCUACAAACUUACCCAUAUGUUCAGAAGGCAGUCUCAGACAAAACCCUAGCACUGAGGGGUGGCUACUAUGACUUUGUAAAUGGAAUUUUUGAGCUUUGGGGGCUUCAGUCCACCAUUUCAGACCCAAUCAUCAUUCAAUCUUCUUAACUGCAUGCUUCUGGGAGC